AUGGCCAGCUUUUUUGACCUCAAGGCCCGAAAGGCUGCCCUUGCCAAUGGAGCAGCCACCAAAGAAACCGAGAAGAAAGAUGGCGAGAACACCAGAGUACAACCAUGGGUUGAGAAAUACCGACCCAAAACCCUCAGCGAUGUCACCGCCCAAGACCACACCAUCACCGUCCUCCAGCGAACCCUCCAAGCCUCCAACGUAUGUUCACCCCCUUCACCACCUUCAAGUUUCCCAACUAACAUGACCCUUUCUCCCCAGCUCCCCCACAUGCUCUUCUACGGACCCCCAGGAACAGGCAAAACCUCGACCAUCCUCGCCCUCGCCAAAGAGCUCUACGGUCCCGAACUGAUGAAAUCCCGCGUCCUCGAGCUCAACGCCUCCGACGAGCGCGGCAUUUCCAUCGUCCGCGAAAAAGUCAAGGAUUUCGCCCGCAUGCAGCUCACCAACGUCUCCUCUGCCGCCUACAAAGCCCGCUACCCCUGCCCCCCGUUCAAGAUCAUCAUUCUGGACGAGGCAGACAGCAUGACGCAGGAUGCGCAGUCGGCCCUGAGACGGACAAUGGAGACAUACAGCAAGAUUACCCGUUUUUGUUUGAUUUGCAACUACGUCACGAGGAUCAUUGACCCGUUGGCGUCGAGGUGUAGCAAGUUUAGGUUCAAGAGUUUGGACCAAGGGAAUGCGAAGAAACGAUUGGAGGAGAUUGCAGAGAAGGAAAAGGUUGGGUUGGACGAGGGGGCGGUGGAGGGGUUGAUAAACUGUGCGGAGGGGGAUUUGAGAAAGGCGAUUACUUAUCUGCAGAGUGCGGCGAGACUGGUUGGGGCGGUGCAGCAGCCUGGUGGAGGAGACGAUGGGGAGGAUGGGAUGGAUGUGGAUAAGAAGACGGUUUCGGUCAAGAUCCUCCAGGAUAUUGCCGGGGUGAUUCCUGACGAGACGAUUCACACACUUCUUAAGGCGAUGAGGCCGACGACGUUCGGGGGGAAUUAUACACCUAUUGCGAAGGAGGUGGAGGAUAUGGUGGCGGAUGGGUGGAGUGCUGGGCAGGUGGUAACUCAGCUUUAUCAGGCGGUGGUGUAUGACGAGACAAUUGAGGACGCGCAAAAGAACAAGAUUCUGUUGGUGUUCUCGGAGAUUGAUAAGAGGUUGGUGGACGGGGCGGAUGAGCAUCUUUCGAUUUUGGAUCUGGCGUUGAGAAUAUCGGGUAUUCUGGGUGGGAGAUAG